CAUAGCGGGUCAGGCAGCAUUCGUGGAAAAAGUGCAAGCUAAUGUUUCGAGUCAACACGACAGCUAGAUGAGCUCUGGUGCAGGUGGGUCUUGGGGGUGGUCCAGUUCAGGGGUAGGGAAGAAGCAGGUUUAAAGGACACAGAUUUAAAGUGAGUCACAAAAGGUGCAAAGGCUUUCCUCACUCAGCGAAGAGAGUUAGGGUAUCAAAGACACUAGCUGGCAGUGUGUUCAAUGCAGACAGAGUCUAGAUUAGAGUGGUGCUGGAAAAGCACAGCAGGUCAGGCAGCAUCCGAAGAGCAGGAGAAUUGACGUUAGCCCUUCAAGGGGGAAUGGAUAAAGUGGGGGUGGCGAUUGGCAGUAGGUUAGGACGCAUUUUUAUAGAAGCUGAGCUGUUCCGAGAUGUUGAAAGUACACUUCGAUAUCCUUCACCCCAUCCCCCGGGUUUUGAGGGAAGGGGCUGAUCGGCGGUUGACGACCCCGUGAAGCGCGAGCCGGCGCUGACCCCGGAAGUGCUCCGCGCGCGCUGACUGCGGAGACGCGGCGGUUAACGGUUGGUGGUGGCGGUUGGCGCCUUCCCUUCCCCCUCCUCUUCUACCCAUGCUUUGAAAAGCUAGGCUCCAGGCUCCGAUCGCCACUUACUGGCAACAAAAAAGUUUUUUUUUCAUUUGUUUCCCCUCCGACUAUCCCAACGGUAUGGCCGGCAACUUACCUCCUUGUGUGAUUGACUGCGGGACAGGAUAUACAAAGCUUGGCUAUGCAGGUAACACUGAACCACAGUUCAUCAUUCCUUCAUGUAUAGCCAUCAAAGAAUCAGCCAAGAUAGGUGACAAUGCACAGCGAAGAUUGGUGAGGGGAGUGGAUGACCUAGACUUUUACAUAGGUGAUGAAGCUGUAGAUAAACCAACGUAUACCACAAAGUGGCCUAUUCGGCAUGGUAUAGUUGAAGACUGGGAUCUAAUGGAGAGAUUUAUGGAACAUGUGAUAUUCAAGUAUCUCCGAGCAGAACCUGAAGAUCAUCACUUUUUAAUGACAGAACCACCACUCAAUACACCAGAAAAUCGAGAGUACCUUGCAGAGAUCAUGUUCGAAUCCUUUAAUGUCCCAGGUCUUUACAUUGCAGUCCAGGCUGUGCUGGCCUUAGCUGCUUCCUGGACAUCACGGCAGGUUGGAGAACGCACAUUAACAGGCAUAGUGAUAGACAGUGGAGAUGGAGUAACCCAUUGUAUUCCAGUGGCUGAAGGUUACGUCAUUGGAAGCUGUAUUAAACACAUCCCAGUUGCAGGUCGGGAUAUUACAUUUUUUAUUCAACAGCUCUUAAGGGAAAGGGAAAUUGGAAUACCACCUGAACAAUCCUUGGAGACUGCCAAGAUGAUCAAGGAGAGAUAUUGUUACAUCUGCCCUGAUAUAGUUAAGGAAUUUACUAAAUACGACAUGAAUCCUGGGAAGUGGAUCAAGCCGUACAUUGGUAUCAAUGCUAUCAGCAAACGACAAUUUGCUGUUGAUGUGGGCUAUGAAAGGUUUCUGGGACCUGAAAUUUUCUUCCAUCCAGAGUUUGCAAAUCCGGACUUUAUGCAACCUAUUUCAGACGUUGUUGAUGAAGUAAUACAAAACUGUCCAAUAGAUGUUAGACGUCCAUUGUAUAAGAACAUUGUUCUUUCUGGAGGUUCAACAAUGUUUCGGGAUUUUGGGCGUCGUUUACAGCGAGAUCUGAAAAGAGUAGUGGAUGCAAGAUUGAAAAUUAGUGAACAGCUUAGCGCUGGUCGAAUAAAGCCUAAACCAAUUGAGGUCCAGGUGAUAACCCACCAUAUGCAGCGAUAUGCAGUUUGGUUCGGCGGCUCCAUGCUUGCAUCAACACCUGAGUUUUACCAAGUAUGCCACACAAAAAAGGAUUAUGAAGAAUUUGGUCCUAGUAUUUGUCGUCACAACCCAGUUUUUGGCGUCAUGUCAUAAUGGCAGCUAUGAGUUACUGCAGCUUAGGAAUUGAAAGUCCUGCUACAGAACAGGAUUAGUGGAAGAACUAGCAGGUUUGUACCACUGCUGAAUUGUAAUCCGGAUAUUUGAACCCAAGCCGCUUAUCCGACAGGGUUGGACACUGUCUAGAAUUACUUCUAGUUAAGCCCACCAUGCGCCAGCUAUUUAUGUUCUUGCAAUGUUCCUGCUUUCCCGUACUUAGGUUUAUAGCACAGCAGAAAGUGUUUUGGACUUGAGAUACAUUGUACUAAUCUAAGCAGGUUUUGAAAAGUAAUGCCAAUAGCAUUAAUUCUCCCUUUCUAGUGAAGGAAUGAAAUGGUCCAUUUAAAGGAAUUUGAUUCUCUUUGUAAAUAUGGAAAGAUAUAUUGCAAAUCACGUGACAGUUUUGUUUAUAUUUCAUAAUUGUUUUGCAUUAUAAGAUUGAAACUUUCUCAGCACAAUCCAGAUGAGUGUGAUGUUUACUAAUGUGUACAGUUGAAUAUCUUGAACUUGGAAAUAUGGAGUUCAUUAGCAACUGUUGUUUAUUUAUUUUAAAAAGAAGGAAUGUUUCUUUUUGUUUAAAGUAAAAUUACCCUUAAUGUUUUGUUUCAGUUUACAGUAUUAAUUAUAACAUUAUGCCUUAAACAUUGUGCUUCUUACAUAGUUACUUAUUUGUAGUGUUUUAGGUUUCCUGUUUUGAGCCAGGACAUUGAGAGAAAUGUUAAAUAUAUUGAGAUUAUAAUAAAUGGAUGAAAUGCUACCAUGCAUCAUUUUAAUAAAAGCACUUCACAAUG